AUGGCUGUGCAGAAGGAGCCUCGCUGCGUCCCUCACGACAACAGCAUACGAUCACGGGCGAUCGACCAGUUCUCGUAUCGUUCCAGAGACAUCUUCGCCGCCGCCACUCGACCUCAAGCCGCCACCGUCGAACCAUCGUCAUCACCCGCAUCUACGCCAUCCCAAAGUGCAGGGCUGCGGCGAUCCUUCGCGCAAGUCGUCGUUGGGGUCUCCUCGUCCGUGGAGAUGGCCGGGGCUGCGCGGCCUCCUGCGCCUCCCGGGGAAGCUAUGGCGGCGCCUGGGCCCGCUCCGGCUGCACCUGGGUCAGCUGCUUCGGCGGCCGCCACUGCUGCUGCUUCGGGUCCUUUCAUGGGACCUCCUGGAUUUCAAGGUUGGCUGGAAGGGGUGCCGUUGCAGCAGCCCACACCUGCCCCAAGACCGGUUGCGCCACCGCCGAGACCGACAAUGGGGUAUCGGCCGCCAAUUCGGCCGCCGGCGGUGCGGCCGUUGAUCGCGGCGGGUCUCGGGCCGCGAUUCAAACCAGCGGACGCGGCACUGGAGGCCUCCUCUGGAGGGCCGCAAGGUAGAUGGGCCUGGUUCGGUCGGGCUGUGAUGGCUGUGCAGAAGGCGCCUCGCUGCGUCCAUCACGUCAACAGCAUACGAUCACGGGCUGUCGACCGGUUCGUGGUGCUGGAGGAGGUGCUGCCGACUUCGGAGGACGCUUCGCUGCCGCACCAUCUGGAUGCGGGGAAGCGGACCUUCAGGGUCUCGCCGUGUCCCGCGAACGGACCCGUUGAGCCUGUGAUACCGCCUCCACGGGCGGAGGGGCAAGCUGAUGGACGGAGGGCGCUUCUCCUUCGACACCUUUUUCCCCCGCGAUGGGGGACUCGCCUGGGGCUGCUGUGA